AGGCGAGGGUUGGGGCAUUUAGUGACUUAUAAAUUCAUCACAGCAGAUGUUUGCAUGACAGUGGACUCUGCUUAAAUGAAUUGUGGUCUGCAUCCUCCUUGUAAAUGUGGAACGGUGUAAAGGAUCUCUGCAGUAGCUGAGUUAUUACUCGACAGAUCUGGGCUAUUUCCCUUGAGGCAAAGGUACUUCCUCAAAUGAAAUGUUUUCUUCCUCAAAGGCUUAUGGAGUUCUCUGGAGUACACUGCCAAGGCUGGAGGCCAGAGAUUAUACCUGGUUCGGUACUUGGCUGGAGGGAGGUUUUUUUUAUGUCACAGGCUUAAUCACACAUAUGCGCAUUUGCUCCCCAUGCACAUUUGGACUCAGUUCACCAUUUUAAGUAUGCAGCCUACACAUGGCUGAAGGCAGACGCUUGUGUCUAAGAUUUACAGCCUGAGCAUCAUUCCCUGACUUCCAAAGCCUUCUCAGCCACAUUAGAUUUAGCUCCUUUCUUUAUUCCAUAUUUAAUGUGACUCUUGUUCUAAAAACAUACGAUUUUGAGCAGUAGCAAUAAAAUUAAACGUUAUUCGUUAACUCCACACCCCCUCUUGUGGAUAAUUCUGUCUGUCUCUGUGGUCUUCUUCACGAACUUGUUGUUUUCAUUAAGUAGGCGUUACAUUAAUAAUCCUUUUGGGAAUUACACAGCCUCUAUGGUGGCCUACUUAACAGAGACCUUCUUUAUCUUGGUACUUCUAAUAUUCUCUCAUGAACUUGACACUGCAACCUGUCCAACUGCGUGAAGCAGCCACGCCUGCAGACGUGCGUAAAGACUGCAACAUCAACCGCGACACGUGCCCAGAGCGAGGCUGACGUGAUGGAGUGGAGUGGAGGUGAGAUUGUGCGGGUAGCAGAUUUGAACAAGCAAGCGCUGGAAGCAAGUGCAGUGGGUGGAGUUAACGAUGCUUUCGGUACGGGAGAAGUUGUUGCCUUCACACGGAGAAGCCAUGCGUAACAAGAGUGACCGUCGCCGGUGAGGAUGCUGGAACAUGAGGCAUCAGCAGACAUGCGACUGGUCCGGCAAAUCAACACACAAGGCAUGAAGAUCCAGCACGGGGGCGAGAACAUGGGCUGCAGCAAGGUCGGAGAAAACCAGGAGAAUCAGGUCAUCUGUUUGCAGUGUCAAGACGAGGUGGCGCGGGUGUGUCCGGGAAGUCCGCGCCGCGCCAUCACGACGCGCCUCUCCUCCGGAUCCGCAGACCGCGAGCCAAGCAGCAGCAGCUACAAUGCGUCCUCAGGAACCUUCUACAGCUGUGUCAGUCAGAUCACCAUUGGGUUUGACCUUGGGGGUCAAGUGGCCAUCGGGUUCUCCCACUGGAAGAGUCCUUUCCCAGAGAGUGGUCAGAAUCUCCCCAGUCCAGACUGCGUUCACUCGGAGGCCUCCGCCGUGCCGCCUGUUAGCGAGCAUCUCGAGCCAGCUUCCUGCCCGGCGUCGCUGUCAGUCACCCCACUGCCCACCCUCAGCGCCAGUCAGGAGACGCUCUGUGACAGCAGCACGAGUGUGAGUUUAUCUCUACAUGGGUCUGAGUCCCAGCAGCAGAGCCCCCACCAACGCAGAGUCCGGCUGCAGUCGUCGGCCUCAGGCUACCAGGCAGCGGACAGACUUCUCGCCUUCUCUUCCUGUGGGAAGGCUGACAUCAUGGAGGAAUCCUCCGUUGAAGUCCCAGACUCCAGCACUCAAGAUGAUGUACCUCCCCUUGCCGUGAAAGAUGUUAACGUGCUGCUCGAGAGACAAAGGUCAGAAGGCAUCAGCAGUUCGUCCAGAGAUGACGACUCCACCCUGCUGAAUCCGGGAACCCACAGCAGCAUCCUCGAUGACAACACAAAGUCUGAUUCUGGCCUCCCAGGGGGGAGGAGUAAACCCUGCGGCCUUUGCUUCAGCGAUGGGAAGAGCCGUAUCGACUACAUCCUGGUUUACAGGAAGUCCAGCUCACAGUCAGAGAAGAGGGAGAUAUUUGAGCGGAACCUCCGUGCAGAGGGCUUACAGAUGGAAAAAGAGGCUUCUGUAACAAACAGUGAUGUGAUUUAUCUGAAGCUUCAUGCGCCCUGGGAUGUUCUCUGUCGCUAUGCAGAGCUCAUGAACAUUCGCAUGCCUUUCAGGAGGAAAAUCUUUUACAUGCAUCGACGGCACAAGUUCAUGAGCAGGAUGGAGAAGCGCAUCAACAGAUUUCGCGGGUGGCUUCCCCGCAAGCCCAUGAAGUUUGACAACGACACUCUGCCGGACCUGGCGGAGAACGAGAGCUUUACCGCCCCCUUUAGUCGAUCAAGGAUACAUCAUUUCAUCAUCCACAACAAAGACACUUUUUUCAACAACGCCACGAGAAGUCGCAUUGUCCACCACAUCCUCCAGCGGGUCAAAUAUGAAGAGGGUAAAAAUAAGAUGGGACUAAAUCGUCUAUUGAGCAAUAAUUCAUACGAUGCUGCGUUCCCUCUUCACGAGGGGAGAUACCACAGUAGAAACUCCAUCAGAACACAUGGAGCAGAGAACCACCGACACCUGCUGUACGAGUGUUGGGCCUGGUGGGGGGUUUGGUACAAGUACCAACCGCUUGACCUCAUCAGGAGGUAUUUUGGAGAGAAAAUCGGUAUGUACUUUGCCUGGCUCGGCUGGUACACGGGGAUGCUGUUUCCUGCAGCGUUGGUCGGGCUCUUGGUAUUCCUGUACGGUGUCUUCACCCUGGAGCACUGCCAGGUCAGUAAAGAAAUCUGCCAGGCCACUGACAUCAUCAUGUGCCCCAUCUGUGACCAGUACUGCCCCUACCUGAGACUGUCAGACAGCUGCAUCUACGCCAAGGUCACACAUCUCUUCGAUAAUGGGGCAACUGUUUUUUUUGCUGUAUUCAUGGCUGUUUGGGCAACGGUCUUCCUGGAGUUCUGGAAAAGGCGCAGAGCUGUCCUCGCAUACGACUGGGACCUCAUUGACUGGGAGGAAGAGGAGGAUGAAAUACGGCCCCAGUUUGAGGCCAAAUAUUCCAAGAAAGAAAGGAUGAACCCCAUUUCUGGAAAGCCUGAGCCUUACCAGGCCUUCACUGACAAAUACAGUCGCCUUAUUGUUUCAGCAUCCGGGAUCUUCUUCAUGAUCCUGGUGGUGAUUGCUGCUGUAUUUGGCAUCGUCAUUUACCGUGUGAUCACAGUCAGCACCUUCGCCGCCUUUGGCUGGGCUCUCAUCAGGAACAACUCUCAGGUGGCAACCACAGGAACAGCAGUCUGCAUCAACUUCUGCAUCAUCAUGCUCCUCAAUGUGCUAUAUGAAAAAGUUGCUCUUCUUCUCACUAAUUUAGAACAGCCAAGGACAGAGUCUGAAUGGGAGAACAGCUUUACCCUCAAGAUGUUCCUUUUUCAGUUUGUCAACCUCAACAGUUCAACUUUCUACAUUGCCUUCUUUUUAGGAAGAUUUACAGGCCGGCCUGGUGCAUAUCUACGCCUCAUCAAUCGCUGGAAACUGGAAGAGUGCCACCCAAGCGGCUGUCUCAUUGACCUCUGUAUGCAGAUGGGGAUCAUCAUGGUGCUUAAACAGACCUGGAAUAAUUUCAUGGAACUCGGCUACCCACUGAUCCAGAACUGGUGGACACGGCGGAGGCUGAAAAGAGAGCAUGGAGAGAAAGCCAAGGCGAGCUUCCCGCAGUGGGAGAGAGAUUACAACCUGCAGCCAAUGAAUGCCUAUGGACUCUUUGAUGAAUACUUAGAAAUGAUCUUGCAGUUUGGCUUCACUACCAUCUUUGUGGCAGCUUUCCCCCUGGCCCCGCUCUUAGCGCUGCUCAACAACAUCAUUGAGAUUCGUUUAGACGCCUACAAGUUCGUCACACAGUGGCGACGGCCUCUGCCUUCACAAGCCAAAGACAUAGGGAUCUGGUAUGGCAUUCUGGAAGGCAUCGGCAUCUUGUCUGUCAUCACCAACGCCUUUGUCAUUGCUGUUACCUCAGACUUCAUCCCACGCCUCGUUUAUGCCUACAAAUAUGGACCCUGUGCUGGUCAGGGUCGAGCAGGAGAGGGGUGUAUGAUGGGUUACGUCAACGCCAGUCUCUCAGUAUUCCGUGUGUCAGACUUUGAGAAGAGAUCACAGCCCAAGACCACUGGCGCUGAGCUGUCUGGAGAAGCUGUGAAGUACUGCAGGUAUCGUGACUACAGGGAGCCUCCAGACUCUGCUGAGCCAUACUCAUACACUCUGCAGUUCUGGCACGUCCUGGCAGCCCGGCUCGCAUUCAUCAUUGUGUUUGAGCAUAUGGUCUUUGCCAUCAAGACCCUGAUCGCAUACCUGAUCCCUGACCUUCCAAAGGACCUGCGAGACAGAAUGCGCAGAGAAAAAUAUCUAAUCCAGGAGAUGAUGUAUGAGGCCGAGUUGGAGAGGCUGCAGAAGGAGAAAAAUGAGAAGAAGAAGAAGGACAGGGUUCAUCACAAGGAAUGGCCCUGACUGCACCAAUAGGUUCAGCUGGUGCACAGUGGAGGAAGAAGAGAAGCGCUGGGUUUCCUGCAUGAAACUGGACCCUUAUACCUUCAUUGUGCCAUGUCAGACCAGCACCUUCUAGUGGUCAGUUUAUGAACUGCAUCCAGCAGGACCACAGUAACCACAGAGCCCAUGUGUCUACAUACACAACGGAUGUCUUCUCAAGCAUCUGGCAGUGGAUUUUGCUGCUUUUUUUUUUCCAGAUAGUUUCUACCACUUUGGACUCCGAACAGUGUAUGUCUUCAGAUCCUGAAUGUAGAUUUCAAACAAGACUAAACUUUUACGGAGUUCUUGUUUUAGAUGAGAGAAUUAACUAUUCUUAGCUAACUGAAUGACAAACCCUGUUUACACUUCUCCUUGUUUGAGGAGUUCGCAUUUUGCUUUAUUGUAAAUAAAGAUAUUUAAAUGAAUGUCAGGCCAUGUGCUCUGCCAGUGCAAAAAAAAAACUACUGAAUGCAACUUUGUCAGAAAUUGCGGUGGGAUUGCUGGCUGCUGAAAAGCUGAUGCUGAGCUGUAUCGCUUCAUCUAGCUGGGCACUAAACUACAUUGCUUGAAAAGCUGGAAGCCGAACUGUAUUACGUCAUGUACAGGUGGGAGCUGUGAACAUCAUUGCUUACAUGGCUUAGAGCUAAAUUGCAUUUUUAGCUUAGCUUUACAUGAAGGAGCAGUUGGAGUAUUUAGAGUUGGAAUACUAGGAAAGGUAUAAGAGUGCAAAAUAUAAUGUAAGUAGUGAAGGGUGUUAUAAUGACAGGAGGAGAAGGAGUCAAGGUGUCAUUCAUGUGUUUCAGUUGGAAUAAAGGUCUAAGUCCUAUAAGCAGUGAAUUGUAGGAGUUGAGUCGAUUAUGUGUGUGUGUGUGUGUAUGUAUGUGUGUGGGUGGGUCUGUGUGUGUUUAUGACCAUAUGUUUGAGUCAUUAUUCCAACAAAUGGGUUGCUGCCUUAAAGCCUUCUGUGAGAUACAGUAUGUGGCAGCAGUUUGUCCGUCGAUUAUUUUUGUACAUUUAAAAUGUAUGCACGCAUGUUUUUUAUCCUGUGGUGUAUCUGGGUAUAUGUACAGUUCUAAAACUAUCUCCUUAUUUGAAGGGCCAUCACUUGUUUUGUGUUUUGCAUCUCUGUUUGUGUGAAUAUGCAGGUGUGUGUCACAUCAGUUGAGAAUAAUUCUAAUAAUAAGGAACUCGUUUUUACAUGACAGGCAGGAAGCAAUAAAAUGAGUUGAAAUAGCAGCUAAGAAUGUUCAAAUGUUUGUAAAUAACACAUGUGCUUAUCUAUAACAAAGAUUUGAGUUUGACCUGAAUGUGUGUCUUUUUUCAGCAUUGUGACCAAAUUUAUGGAGUGGUAUCUAGGAACAACCUUGCCAACCCUGUUAUAUGUCCUACAGACAUAGUUUGUAUGGUCAUUUUUCAUUCUUUUCAGGAAACCUUUUAGAAAGAACAAGGAAAUGUUUGAAAAGUGAUAAUAAAUAUUGUUAGAUACAGAUACAGCUUUCUGCUCAAGACAAGAUGUUUUAGAUUUUUAUGUGCUUUACUUUUCAUAUAUGCCAUUUAUUUUUUAAUAUAUUUAGUUUUAGGGUUCUGUUGUAUUCAUCACUGAGAAAAUAAAUACCCACAUACAAGAAUGCAAAUUUAAAAAACAAAACCUACAUUUUACUAGCUACAGAUUUCAGCUGACGAGCCAAACCAGAAAAUCUCUUUUGUACCAGCAGAGGGAGUCAGAGAGCUUAGUUAAAGUUCAGCAACAACAGACGUUCACUUGAAUUUGUUA